AUGCGUCGUACGAAUUUGAAAGAGUUAUUUUAUAGUGCUAAAAAUUCGAUUAGAUUAAUUAUCAUGGAAAAAUCAAUUAACGAUUCGGAAACAAUUAAUACUUUAGAUAACAAUAAUGAUAAAAAUAAAAAUGUUGGUUUUAAACCUAAUUCACAUUUAUCCAAGAAUGCUUUAAGAAAAUUACGAAAACAACAAAAAUGGGAAGAAACACGGGAAAUUCGUAAAGUGGCUCAAAAAGAAAAGGAUAAAAGGAAAAAAUUAGAAAAAAAAGAAGCAAUAGAAUUAGGACUCAUCCCUCCACCUGUUAAAAAGAAAAAAAUUGAACAAAUUCCAAGUAAAAUGAAAGUUGUAAUUGAUUUAUCAUUCGAUAACUAUAUGACCGAUGUGGAAAUUACUUCCGUUACAUCACAAUUGACUCGAUGUUAUUCGGCCAAUCGAUCAUCGACCAAUCCUGUUACCUUAUUUUUCACUUCAUACGGAGGUCGAGUGCGUGAAAGAUUUAAUGAUAAACUCAAAGAUCACGUUAAUUGGAAACAAGUAGUUUUCGAUACAAGAUCAUAUUUAGAAUGUCUCAAUAAAGAAGAUUUAAUUUAUUUGACGGCAGAUUCAACAAAUACUUUAGAUGUAUUGGAUGAAAAUAAAGUUUAUAUUAUUGGAGGAAUUGUUGAUAAGAAUAGACAUAAGGAGAUUUGUUAUGAAAAGGCCACGAAGGAAAAUAUAGCCACAGCCCGAUUGCCCAUUGGAAAUUAUAUUGAAUUAGCCACAAGAAAGACUUUCUUGGAAGUAAUACCUCAGAGAAAAUUUAAUAGUGAAGGAAAGAAAAAAAGGAGAAAGGGCAAUAAUUCCAUUACUAUCAAUGAAAAUACUACCGAAAAUGUAAAUAUUGAAGAUAUAAAAGAUAUUGAUGAUGAUGAUUAUAAUGCUACUUUACCAUCAAUACACGACGAAAGCAAACAAUGA